CCUCUGUUUUAGUUUCCCCUCCAGCAGUUCCACCAACCGCCCCCCGUGAGAUCCACCCCUGCCAAAGUAAGUCCUGCCUUCCUCCAGGACAGGAGAACGAAGCCACACGACAAAUGGCCUUGGGCCACCAGAAGAGGGCAAGAGCUCAGCAGAAGUUACCAUCCAUCAGGUGGACGGACCUGGUGUUCCACCUCCCCCCAUGCCAGUUGCAGCUGGAAGACCGCCCACUGGUGAAGGCAAGAGAGGCCUGGAGGGCGGCUGGGCCCCCGGGGCAGGUGGCAGACCCCUCGGGUAGGGGGCACAGAAGAGGCAGGUGGAAGGAGAGAAAGAAGCUAGCUCCUCGGGCCACGGCCCCCAUUCUUGAACAUGGGCGAGGAGGAACAGGGUCUUCUCCAACCAGCUGCAGCACUUCAAAGACCCCGGCAGCAGCUCUGUCCACGCCCCAGGUGCCCACAGAUGCAGCCAACAGGGAGAAGACCAAGCUCAGGAAGAUCUUGGUCGACCUUCGCCCCGUGCUGGAGAACGUUACGUCUCCCUGGGACUCUUGGGAGGGGCACUCAGAGACGAGGAGCGUCCGUAGUGCUGGGUGCUCUCCCCAGGCGCGUGGACAGCCCAGCAGGGGAGCCAGCCCCCGGCCCAGCCCGGAGACAGCGGCCAGGUUGCCGCGGCGUGUGAGCCGCACCUUGGCCAGGCGCAGGCUCCGAGGGAUGGCUCGCUCGCCCGCCGGGCUGCUUUGA